CUGGGCAUCAGCGGCCGGGCGGUCCCGGGGCGGGAGGAGCCGUGCCCCGGGUGUCCCCCGAGGCCCCGGGGAUGGGCCUGGAUUGGCUCCCAGGGUGCCCUGAGGACUCAGGGGUUGCCCCUGGAGACCAACGCAUGGCCCCAGCUGCUGCCCUGAGGCCCCGGGGAUGGACCUUUACCUUGGGAAUGGCCCCAGAUGGGUCAUUGACCCAGGGAUGGGCCCCACUGGCCAUCGAGAAGCCCUCCUGGGAAUGGUUCUUUAGCCCAGGGAUAGGCCGCAAGGAUGCCCUGAGGCCCCGGGAAUGGACUUCCACCUCAGAGGUAGCCCCGGCACCAUCCCCGAUGCCCGGGGCAUUGCCCCGUGCUGCCUUUUUGCUCUCCUGCGGCUGUUCUCAGGCACCUCUCCCGCUGGAAGAGGCCGUGUUGCUCACGGAGCUGAUUGUGGACACCUUCUUCAUUGGCCGCUUCAUCCUCCUGGCUGUGAUGAGCCUGGUCUUCCUUGGGUGCCUGUUCCUGCUCCUGAUUUACCACCUCAUGGAACCUGUGUAUGCCAAGCCGCUCCACAGCAGCUAGAGACAACAGUCUCUGCACAGAGGAAAUCCUGAUUUCGUGGGAAUAAACCAGAGACCACGAGACUGUUCUGGAGGUGACCACGAUGGUUUUUCUGAGCUCAGAAAGAGCCAGCAAAGCAAGUGAAGUCUUUGCUUCAUCUACAGAAGCAAAGUUUGGUCUGAGCACGAGCCCGUUCUUCCCCAGGGGGUUCAAACCUCUGCACCUGCAAAGGUGUGUGAACCUCUGAAUCCUGCUCUCGUUUACAGGAGAGCUGAGAUGCAGGCACUUGGUGCUGCUCCUGAUCCAGUGCAUUGAACUGAACCCACGUGGUUUGUUACUGUUACCCACAAGAGACAGUUCCUUCCUGCUCCUUUUUCACUGUGGUUUAAUAAAACUCUUGGAGAAA